ACGACUUCAAAACACACGACUCGCCCGGCGUCGGGCCAUAUCAUCGAGCAGUGCUGUGAGGGACGCUUAGUGUUAAGUUAUUACAAUUUUAUAUUAAAUACAAAAUGAGGGAAAUCGUUCACAUCCAGGCCGGGCAAUGCGGUAACCAGAUAGGAGCUAAAUUCUGGGAGAUCAUCUCCGACGAGCACGGCAUCGACCCCACCGGGGCUUACCAUGGGGACUCCGACCUCCAGUUGGAGCGUAUCAAUGUAUAUUACAAUGAAGCUUCCGGAAACAAAUACGUCCCCCGCGCCAUCCUCGUGGACCUGGAGCCCGGCACCAUGGACUCUGUCCGCUCUGGACCUUUCGGACAGAUCUUCCGCCCGGACAACUUCGUCUUCGGUCAGUCCGGAGCCGGCAACAACUGGGCCAAGGGUCACUACACAGAGGGAGCUGAACUCGUAGACUCAGUUCUUGACGUCGUACGUAAAGAAUCAGAGUCAUGUGACUGUCUUCAGGGCUUCCAGCUCACACACUCCCUCGGUGGUGGCACCGGUUCCGGCAUGGGUACACUUCUCAUCUCCAAGAUCAGAGAGGAAUAUCCCGACAGAAUCAUGAACACAUACUCAGUAGUCCCCUCGCCCAAAGUAUCAGACACCGUCGUAGAACCUUAUAACGCCACUCUCUCAGUCCACCAGCUCGUAGAAAACACAGACGAAACCUACUGCAUCGACAACGAGGCUCUUUAUGACAUCUGCUUCCGCACGCUCAAACUGUCCACACCCACGUACGGCGACCUCAACCAUCUCGUGUCGCUCACCAUGUCCGGUGUUACCACCUGCCUCAGGUUCCCCGGUCAGCUGAACGCCGAUCUCCGCAAGUUGGCCGUCAACAUGGUUCCCUUCCCCCGUCUCCACUUCUUCAUGCCCGGAUUCGCUCCUCUCACAUCUCGUGGAAGCAGACAAUACCGCGCCCUGACCGUUCCCGAGCUCACUCAGCAGAUGUUCGACGCUAAGAACAUGAUGGCAGCCUGCGACCCUCGCCACGGCCGCUACCUCACCGUGGCCGCCAUCUUCCGUGGUCGCAUGUCCAUGAAGGAGGUGGACGAGCAGAUGCUCAACAUCCAGAACAAGAACUCGUCGUACUUCGUGGAAUGGAUCCCCAACAACGUGAAGACCGCCGUGUGCGACAUCCCUCCGCGCGGUCUCAAGAUGGCCGCCACCUUCAUCGGCAACUCCACCGCCAUCCAAGAGCUGUUCAAGCGCAUCUCAGAGCAGUUCACCGCUAUGUUCAGACGCAAGGCUUUCCUCCACUGGUACACCGGCGAGGGAAUGGACGAGAUGGAGUUCACGGAAGCGGAGAGCAACAUGAACGACCUGGUCUCCGAGUACCAGCAGUACCAGGAAGCCACCGCCGACGAGGACGCGGAGUUCGACGAGGAACAGGAGCAGGAAGUGGAGGACCACUAAGCAUUUCAGCAUCUCACUGCCGUCAUCGUCUUUACAUUCGGUUUUAUUAAUGAUUCCUACUGUGUAUUGAAGACACGCUUGCUAACUUCUAACAGAACGCGCGAUUUAACAAUAAAGAGAGCCACAUGAGACAUCCUAAUAGUGACAUUCCUCUCGACAGCAGCGAGCCUCGGCAAGCCAGGUCUGAUAGGCUGACUGGUAUACCCUACUCGUACUGUCGUACGUACUCCAAGGUUUAGGCAUACCACGACGUCGGCUUCGAUAACAGUCCAUUGAGAUUUAAAUUGUUUUCAAACAUAAUUUAAUGUAUAUAAUAAAGAUUUUUAUUUAUUA